ACAGUCAACCCGCAAAGUGGCUAAAAAAAAGUCCAAACAAACCCCAAAAAUUUUGAUUUUCUGAAUUUUUUUGCAAGACGAAAAUGGUUGUCAGUAAUAUGACUUUGGUUAAAAUAGGAGCUAUAGGAGGAGUAAUUACCGUUUCGAUGGGAAUGGCUUUAAGACGCAAAGUGAAUGAAAACAUCAGACAAACAGAAUAUUACAAAGAAGCACUGAAAACUGUUAGAUCUAACCAGAGUGCUGUGUACUUAUUAGGUGAACCAAUGAAGGAAGGACGGAUUCAAAUUGAUGAUGCAGAAAAGAAUUUUACAAAAGUUGAUACAGCACACUAUGAAGUUCCAAUCAAAGGGCCCAAACAGAAGGGUGUGAUAUAUUUUUGGGCAAAUAAACUCGACAGUGGAUGGACUGUAAAUAGGAUAGAACUGGGUCUAGACAAUGAACCGAAUAGAAGGUUACUCAUCAAGAACACUGACAAUGCAGAGCAAAAUAUAAAUGAGUAGAUAUUUAUUUAUAAGGGGUGCAUACACAAUAAAUAAACUAUAAAAUUACCAAAAA